AAUUGACUUUUGGAUUGGAGUAGACCUCAAUAUAUUCACACCACAUCUUAAUAAGAAAUUAGAAUUUGCUCACAAUAUAAUAAAUAUCAUAGAGAAAAAAUCAAGUAAAGAUAUAUACACAAAAUGGAAGCCCAGGGUUCCAGCCUCAAUCAAUCUCUCAGCGGAAAAGCAUUUUGCAAGUGCAGUGAAGGGUGGAGCUGUGUGAUCACUCGCACGGUGGGGCCCGACGCUGGCAAAAUCUUCGCCAAAUGCGGCGGAGGAUGCUGUUGUACUGUUAGUGCAGAUGGGACAGUGUGCCAAGAGUUGAAUAUUGUGGAAGAGGGUGGUAAGAAGGGAGAGGCAUAUUGUGAGUGUGGAGAAGGGUGGAAGUGUGUGAUUUCUAAGCUUGAAGGGCCUGAUGUGGGUAAACCUUACUAUGAAUGUGCUGAAAAAAGUUGUGUUUGUACUACUACUACCACUUCUACUGCCUAGAGCUAAAGAAGAAGCUCUAUUAUAGCCCUUAAUUAUAUAUUUAUAUAGUUUGUUAAUUGUGUGUUUGUAUUUAUUAUGAUAUGUGUUGUAAACUAUGCAAGGAUAUGUUGUGGUGAUGAUUGUCAGUGAGGAAUAAUAUGGUUGCAGAAAUCUAGCUACUGGAUCUAUAUAUAAUGUGAAAGUUUGGUGUUUUUUUUUUGGUGGAGGUGUACUUUCAAGAAGUUAUAUAUUACUCAAUUUCUAUA